GCUACAACGACAACUUCCGACAAACAACCCCCCUGGGACCGCAGUAUUGAACUCGUCUGGACCAGGCGUAUUCCAGCUCGCGAUGAGGGAGACCGGGAAGAUGAACACGCCUUUGGGAAGAACCUAAUACGCUUGGCACAGGAUAUCGCCAAAGCUGACCCCUGCUCACCUUCACCCGACACGUCGACUGAGAGACUCGGAAACCAGACUUGCUCACCAAAGGACAACACAGGGCCCAGUUCCCAGUUAACCACCACUCCUGGGGAAAACAGCGCCUAUUUCACACUCCCUGACACCGUCCGGUUCAAGGUCAUGAAGUGCCUUAUAGCCAACCACGAUCCCCACCACAAACCUAUCCGCAUGAACAGCCCAGUGUUCCUUUGGGAGGUAUGGCCAGUUAACAAAGCCAGCGAACCAAAUCUGGAGUCAACAGACUACUUCGACAGCCUCCAAAGCGUUCUGUCCUCUGUUGAAAACUACACCUCGGUUUGUUCCGCCAUGAGAGCCGAUGUCCUAGCGACUCUCUUCCUCACCCGUCGCUUCCACGUUGUCUACUCGCCCUACGUUACCAAAGGGACACAGCCAGCAGCGACGAGCUACAUGGACCAAUAUGGGCCACUCAUGGCGUCCAUCACCCUCGAGGUGGACUUUACCAAGCUGGCAGGUAGCUUGCGACCAGAAGCAGUGCACCUGGACACCCUCAAGGGGCUGAAGGGCGUCAAAACGCUUCUCGAGGACUUCGUACAAUGCCAACACACCCGGCACAACACCACCAUCCGAGAUCUCCGCGUUCUAGUCCGACGAUACCACGGCUUCCGCCCCACGGACCCCUCAGAUCCGCCUAGCCCACCCGGAAAAGAGAACGACCACCACACCCCAACCAGCACCCCCCCACCUCGUCCCCCAUUAGCCCCCCUCCCUAUCAGCACCAACCAACCGCCACCCGAACCACACCCCUCGGCCGACACCGCAACCCCCAAAACACCACAACCCACCCCGUACACCUCCGCCACGCACAUCGCGCACACCCUGUCGCCACUGAAAUCCCUCGGCCCCCUCGUCUCGACCCUCACCCUGACCGGCGCCCCACACUCUUUUGCUACCGAGCUGCUGUCU